CCGGCGCCCACCCACUCCCCACCUAGCGGACCAUCCGCAUCCUAUUUUACCUACCCGGUGACCUACGCCGUAUCUGGCCUACUUCGACGCCUAUCCGAAGGGCCCCGGGCGAGCUCCUCCACACCACCCCGAACCGGUCACGCGGCCACCCACGAGAAGGCGACGAUGGAUCGCGUGUACACCCCCCCACGGCGGAACGCAUCCCCGUUCCAACCCCCGCCAUUGACACCGUUAUCCCUGGAAGGGUAUAAGGAAAGCACGACAGGCUCUGGAAGAUUGCUGUCGCGAGCGCUGGCGGAGGAGAUUCGGUUGUUGUUACCCCCACGGCUACAGCUGGUGGAGGAUUGGAAGUUGGCGUUUAGUCUGGCGCAGGACGGCGUGAGCUUGGCGACGUUAUACAAGAAGCUAGAGCCGUUGCGCGGGAAAAGAGGAGGGUUCGUUUUGGUGGUAAAAGAUGGUGGUGACAAUGUCUUCGGAGCAUAUCUGAGCGAUGCUCCACAUCCAACCACCUAUUAUUACGGCACCGGCGAAUGCUUUCUAUGGCGCGCUUCGAUUUUGAAAGAGCUGCCUACCCUUGCCUCGCUCCCUCCGCCGCCGUCCGCAGACACGACGAAUGCGCAACGAAUGACCACGAUAUCACACGCAAGGAACAUGCUGAGUCCGGCGUCAUCCAAUGGUGUAAGCAGAAGCGGGACGAGUACACCAGAGCGGAUCAGGUUCAAAGCAUUCCCGUACAGUGGGAUCAACGACUAUAUGAUAUACUGCGAGCAGAGUUAUUUGAGCGUAGGCGGAGGCGAUGGUCAUUACGGUCUUUGGCUUGACGACAACCUUGAGAAAGGAGUUUCGAGUUCAUGUCCCACAUUCGGUAACGAGGCGCUGAGCGACGAAGGGACCAAAUUCGACGUGCUCGGAGUUGAGAUAUGGUUUAUGGGCGCU